UUACUGGUGAGCGACGUUUUUUCUCGUCAGAAAAUCUAUCAAUUUCAAUCCCUAUGACAAAAACGGGUGUUAAAAUGCUUAUGCUUGAAUAUAUUGUACGACUAGUAAUUCAAAUCUACCCAGUAAAGCACUUUAUAAGUGUAUGGAACAUGUAGACAAACAAUUAUCGUUAUAAGUGUAUGUAUGGAACAUGUAGACAAACAAUUAUCGUUACAUAUAUUUAGAAUGAAAUAUCUUUUUAACUCGCAACAACUGAAUUCUUCUGGAUGUAUAAGUCAUGUAUGUAUAAAGAGAAACUAUUAAGGGAUAUGUAUCCCACAUUGGACAAUCAAUGGGACAUUAAGUAAUAUAUAAAGGGUUAGAGCCAAUCCACUAAUUGCCAAUUGGUUUUGAGUUGGAAGCCCGUAAUAAACCCGAUUCUAACAUGGUAUCAGAGCUCAGAUCCUAAUAAGUUAAAAACCCCUAAUUAAUAUUAACCUUACCCGACCGGGUAUAUAGGUCGUAAUUGACUCGCUCGACCGAGUAUAACUGUCUUAAAGUUCCGAAAUUUCUGGCCGAUAAAAGCCAUCAUCUCGAGGAGGGGUAUUAAGGGAUAUGUAUCCCACAUUGGACAAUCAAUGGUUUAUUAAGUAAUAUAUAAAGGGUUAGGGCCAAUCCACUAAUUGCCAAUUGGUUUUGAGUUGGAAGCCCGUAAUAAACCCGAUUCUAACAGAAACUAAAAAUAUAUUAUGCUAAAGUACGCAUACAUAUGUACAAUUAGUCAAUCAGUAGUAUACAUUAAAGAUACUGUUAUACGUAUAUAUGUACGUAUUCUAUGACAACUGUGAACAUGGCGACACGUGAAGGAAGAACCAAACUCAAAGAGACAGGAAAAGCGAAAGGGUCCGGGAACACACGUCAACAUCGUUGGCUUCAUCUUAAAUGCAAUUUCAAAAUUCGCGUUGGAUACUGGAGCCCAACUUUGCCAUAAUUAACUAUGAUUCGUUUGGUAAUCCUUGAAUAAAGUAUAUGUGUUUGUUUGAUAAUGGAACUGUAGUGGACCAGAAAAUAAAUGUGUAAUGUGCUACUUCUAUUGGAAUUUUUACAAGAAUAAACAUAAAUUAAUUAGAAAUAAGAGAGAAAGUGAAGAUAGGUUCUCAAAUGAGACUUUUUUGAGAAAUUCUAUGAGAUAUGUGUUUUACAGAUACUAAUUCAAUUUCUUAAAAUAACUAAAAUUUAAUUAUGUAACUAAAUUAUAGUAAAAUUAAAAUAGUUUUUGUUUGAAAAAUUAUUAGAGGUCCUAAGCAAUAAGGGUGUUUUUAUAACAUCUUCUAAUGCUCUGUCAUAAUUAAUAAUUACACAAGCAGACAAACAACAGGAAAAUACAAAGAUGCCAAUCUCAAGAAUUAAACUUUGAAAUACAAACAUAGCAAAAAUAAGUAUAAGCCCUAUACAUGAAUGUGGUUAUUUGUUACGUCACAGUUAUCAUCUUAAUAAUCUCACGGCUCAAUGAUCCAUAUUUCUCAAUUCAACAACGAGUAUCUACUAACCCGAUUCUUCCGGCGAACAAGGACCAAAACCGCCAUUCCCGUUCAGCUUAGGCUGUAAAAUAUUCCCUUAAUUACCCAAAAUAGGUGAACACGUGUUGUCACACUCUUACAUAUAGGUUCCAGCUAAAAACUAACGGCCAAGAACUGUUUUCAUUGAAGCGAUAUAACGAGAAGCUCCUUUCGUAUUUUCAUAAAUUUUGAACCCAUAGGAGGCGUUUCAGGAUCCAGUUUUGUGAUUGAAGAAUGGCCGACGGUGAAGACAUUCAACCGCUUGUUUGCGACAAUGGAACUGGAAUGGUUAAGGCCGGAUUUGCGGGUGACGAUGCACCAAGAGCAGUUUUCCCGAGCAUUGUAGGCCGUCCUCGUCACACGGGUGUUAUGGUUGGGAUGGGACAAAAGGAUGCUUAUGUUGGAGACGAGGCACAGUCAAAACGUGGUAUCUUGACACUCAAAUACCCAAUUGAACAUGGAAUUGUUAACAAUUGGGAUGACAUGGAGAAGAUUUGGCAUCACACUUUCUACAACGAGCUUCGUGUUGCCCCUGAAGAACAUCCAGUUCUCUUAACCGAAGCUCCACUCAAUCCCAAGGCUAACCGGGAGAAGAUGACUCAGAUCAUGUUUGAAACAUUCAACACUCCUGCUAUGUAUGUUGCCAUUCAAGCUGUUUUGUCACUCUACGCUAGUGGCCGUACAACUGGUAUUGUUUUGGACUCUGGAGAUGGUGUGAGUCACACGGUUCCAAUCUACGAGGGGUAUGCUCUUCCACAUGCAAUCCUACGUCUUGAUUUAGCGGGGCGUGACCUCACGGACUACCUCAUGAAAAUUCUAACAGAGCGCGGUUACUCUUUCACCACAACUGCUGAGCGUGAAAUCGUUAGAGACAUGAAAGAGAAGCUUUCCUACAUUGCUCUAGACUACGAACAAGAGCUAGAGACCUCCAAUACAAGUUCUUCCGUAGAAAAAAGCUUUGAGCUUCCCGAUGGACAAGUGAUAACCAUUGGUGCAGAGCGGUUCCGGUGCCCAGAAGUUUUGUUUCAGCCAUCAAUGAUUGGAAUGGAAAAUCCCGGAAUCCAUGAAACCACAUAUAACUCUAUCAUGAAAUGUGAUGUGGAUAUUAGAAAAGAUUUGUAUGGGAACAUUGUGCUAAGUGGUGGAACCACAAUGUUUGGUGGGAUUGGUGAUAGAAUGAGCAAAGAGAUUACGGCUUUGGCUCCGAGCAGUAUGAAGAUUAAGGUUGUGGCUCCACCUGAGAGGAAGUACAGUGUUUGGAUCGGUGGCUCUAUAUUGGCUUCACUCAGCACUUUCCAGCAGAUGUGGAUUGCGAAGGCAGAAUAUGAUGAAUCAGGACCAUCAAUUGUGCAUAGGAAGUGCUUCUAAUCACACUUCUUGAAAGCACCAAAGGAAGAUUGAAGUUCCCAAAAGAAAAAGAUAAAAACACCUUUGAGCUUCUUUAUACAGCCUACUACCAAUCGCCAGUUUUUUGUUAAUCACAUUUCUUCACCCAAAUUGUUCUUUGUAAUUUUGAUUUGAAGCAUCUGAACUCAAAGAAACGCAUUCAAUUUCUUCAUUAAAUUAUGCAAACCACACCAAUUUAUUUCUUUUAA